UCGCCGUCGCUGUCGCCGUCGCCGUCGCCGUCGCCGUCGCCGUCACCGUCACCAUGAAUCCGGACCUCCGCCGCGAGCGGGCCGCUGCGAGCUUCAACCCGGAGCUGCUCACCUACGUCAUCGAUGGCGGCAUCAGCAAAACCCGGCGCCGCCGGGAGAUCGAGAACCAGAUCCUCAGCGACCCCGACUUCCAGCAGCAGAACGUGAACUUCCUGAGCCGCGGCGAGCGCUACGAGGCGGCCGUGAAGAAGAGCGCCUACAUGGUCAAGAAGCUGCGCGACUUCGGCAUCGCCGACCCCGACGAGAUCCUCUGGUUUAAAAGACUACAAUUGAGCAGUUUUGUGGAACCCGUGGGCCUCAAUUUCUCCAUGUUUAUUCCAACCGUGGUGAAUCUGGGCACCCCUGCUCAGCAGGACAAAUGGCUGCUUCCGUCCCAGGAACUCCAGAUAAUUGGCACCUACGCCCAGACCGAGUUGGGCCACGGAACCCAUCUUCGAGGUUUGGAAACGACAGCCACGUACGACCCUGAGACCCAAGAGUUCAUUAUCAACAGCCCUACAGUGACCUCCAUCAAGUGGUGGCCAGGGGGGCUUGGAAAGACUUCAAAUCAUGCCAUAGUUCUUGCCCAACUCAUCACUAAGGGGAAGAGCUAUGGAUUACAUGCCUUCAUUGUGCCUAUUCGUGAAAUUGGGACCCAUAAGCCUUUGCCAGGUAUUACCAUUGGAGACAUUGGCCCCAAAUUUGGCUAUGAAGAGAUGGACAAUGGCUACCUGAAGCUGGACAAUUACCGCAUUCCCAGGGAAAAUAUGCUGAUGAAGUACGCCCAGGUGAAGCCCGACGGUACCUACGUGAAGCCCGUGAGCAACAAGCUGACCUACGGGACCAUGGUGUUCAUCAGGUCCUACCUGGUGAGUGCAGCUGCCCAGGCCCUGUCCAAGGCUUGCACCAUCGCCAUCCGGUACAGCGCUGUGAGGCACCAAUCGGAAAUCACGCCAGGUGAACCAGAGCCACAGAUUCUGGAUUUUCAAACCCAGCAAUACAAGCUCUUCCCACUCCUGGCCACCGCCUACGCCUUCCAGUUUGUGGGUGCAUACAUGAAGAAUACCUACCUUCGGGUGAAUGAAGACAUCAGCCGGGGGAACCUGAGCGAGCUGCCUGAGCUCCAUGCCCUCACCGCUGGCCUGAAAGCCUUCGCCACCUGGACGGCCAAUGCGGCCAUUGAAGCGUGCCGGAUGGCCUGCGGCGGACACGGCUACUCUCACUGCAGCGGCCUCCCCAACCUCUAUGUCAACUUCACCCCGACCUGCACCUUUGAAGGCGAGAACACCGUCAUGAUGCUGCAGACGGCACGGUACCUGAUAAAGAGCUACGAGCAGGUGCGCGCAGGCAAGCUGGUGUACGGCAUGGUGUCCUAUCUGAACGACCUGCCUGGCCAGCGCAUCCAGCCGCAGCAGGUGGCCGGGAGGCCCACCGCCAUGGACAUCAGCAGCCCCGACAGCCUCGUGGAGGCCUACAGGCUCCGGGCCGCCAGUUUAGUGGAAAUCGCUGCCAAAAACUUCCAAGCUGAAGUGAGUCACAGGAGAAGCAGGGAGGUGGCGUGGAAUCUGACUUCCGUUGACCUCGUUCGAGCCACUGAGGCACACUGUCACUAUGUGGUGGUGAAGCUCUUCGCAGAGCAGCUUCCCCAGAUUCAAGACAAGCCCGUCCAGGCGGUGCUCAGGAAUCUGUGUCUCCUCUACUCGCUCUAUGGAAUCAGCCAGAAGGCCGGGGACUUCCUCCAGGGAGGCAUCCUGACGGGCUCGCAGAUCAAUCAGGUGCGCCAGCGUGUCAAGGAGCUGCUGACCGUGAUUCGUCCUGAUGCCAUCGCUUUGGUGGAUGCGUUUGAUUAUAGAGAUGAGAGUCUGGGCUCCGUGCUUGGCCGCUACGAUGGCAAUGUGUACGAGAACAUGUUUGAGUGGGCCAAGAACUCCCCGUUGAACAAAACUGAGGUCCACGAAUCCUUUCACAAGUACCUGAAGCCGAUGCAGUCCAAGCUCUGAAGCUCCUGGCCUGCCUCUCCCCACCCCUGCUGGCAGAUCUACAAUGAGAAGUGGACCCUUUUCCUCUUUUAAAAAAUGAAGAAAAAAAAUGAACAGUUUGCAGAGAUUAAAUGAAAAAACAAGUGUGUUUUAAGUGCAAUUAGCCCGAGAGACCGCCCGGUAAGCGUUCCGGAAGUGUUCCGACCCGCGUGCUAGCCAGUGCUGCUGCUGCUGACGCGGGCAGGCCGGGACUUUGAUAAUGAGCAGGAUUGAACUACUAAGUGUUAAUUAUUUUUUCAUUUCGAUUGCUAAUCACUGAGUCCACACCUGUUUUUCAGCAAAGGCACUUUUUCGGUGGGGGGAAACCUACGCUUUCUCGGCACGGCGGCCUGGCUGCAAAGCGGGGCUGAAGAAAAGGGCUUGAGGCCAAGAACCUCGUCCAGAUGCUUGGCGCGAGCUGGUGCAGGGCACGGUUCCUGCUGCUGGCCUCCGUGGCUGGUGUGUUCUUGUCUUCCUACUCUUGGUAUUGGUUUUCCACUGCAAGGGUUCUCUUCAGGAAGGCCUCCUGCAGGGCCAUUGUCCCGUGCAGUUAGGAAUUAGUCUUCCAUUCCAGGGUCUCUCUGGUGACACAAAAACUCCCUUGUCCCCCGCUUCCUGGGGGGUGAUUAGGUAGCCAGUUCAUGUCUACAUAGGACUUCUGGCAAAGGCUAGGCCUUCAGUCGGUGGCUGUUGGUCUCCCUCCCUCUUUCCCUCCCUUUAAGGGAGGUGCUGAAGGAAAGAGCAGACCGGCCACAGCUGCUUUGUUGAGGAAGAAUGUAAGGACUUCUGUGGCUACUCUGAUUUUGGUCACUGUCUUAACAGUCUGGAAUUUAAUUGUCUGUUAAUUUUCUGGAAUAGUCCAGCUUUCAGACAGUCUAUUCUCACUUGGUGGUUCUUUGAUUUAAAAUCAAAGGUCUGUUUGGGCCACUUCUUACAACCCAGAAGUGGCACAGAAUGUUUUUCCAGAAAACACAGUCAUUGAAACCAGACUAAAGCAGAAAGUUCUGUAGAAUCUAUUUCUUAAUGUAGAUUUGAUCUUGUUUUCAAUAUGUUUUCUAAGAGCUUUAUCUGAAUUGCAAAAUUGUCCUUUCAAUCGAAAUCUAAUUUGCACAAUCAUGCUAUACUUAAGUUUCACAUGUACCUCUUAAUGGAGUUUUUUCUUAAAAUCAAUGUUAUACAACAUAUGAGUUGAUUUUGUUUUUUUAACCUGUUUAUUGUGUCUGUAACAUGCCUCAUAAAAUCAGUUCUUCUAGAAUCAAUCUUGAGAAUGUUGUAUAAAUUAGUGAAAAUAUAAUUCUUAUCUUGAGGUCUGACAUAAAAUCUAUCCCAACGGAACUUAAAAGACUUUUGGGUCCAAAAGAAUACUGGCAACAGAAGAGAAAAAGAAAAGAAAUACUGACAAGCCUUAAUCUUUUAACUAACUAAUGAUGGUGUGGAGUUGAUGUACUAAGUCCUGUGUUAAUCCUUCUGGAAUAUAUAUCUUGACAGUAAUUUAGUAUCUUAGAAAUAGCUAUGAAGUGUUUCAUAAUAACCUGUUUAAUACUAAUUUUAAAAUGAGUGACUUUACUCCUAGACAAAUAUCUGCUCAUAUUGGAGCUCAGACCUGCUGACUCAGUUGCAUAGAUGCGGCCUUCAUCUUGGCGGAUUCCAGCAGGCAGGAGGGAGGACGAGCACCUUAAAUCUAGCACCUGCGUUUUGUUUAAAAACUAAAACCUGACAUUUGCUACUAUUUUUAUUAACAUGAAAAGCGUUUUGUCUUGAACUUAAUUCAGUGUGAUCAAGAAUAAAACCUCACUAAUUUCCAUGGUUAAAAUGAGGAGUGCCACAGGAUCCCACCUGCUGCUUAAAGGCUGUAGGGUGCAGGUUUCUUAGCCUUUCCUCGCACAGAAAGUCAGUGUGUCUGGCAGUUCCUGAGGUGGUAGCAGGCACUGGGCGCAGCCCAUGGAAAUGUGUCCCUUUGGCUACUGAGGAAAUGGCAGCAGUAUUCGUGUCCCAUCCCUGAGCAGGCAGACCUCACUUCGUGUGGUGUGGGCACUUUUUUUGAGGGGAACCAUCCUCACUAAAACACAGAUUUCAAAGUCAUGCUAAAUACUGAUUAGACAUGGAGUUUUUUUAUUAGAUGAGCUGGAGAAACCUCUUUUUUCAACACAGUCAACAGUGUCUAAAACUGAAAAUAAUGUGAGAUACUCUUGCUACUUGCAAUGGAUGAAGGUUGGUUCUUCUUCCUCAAGUGUCUGGGGAUCUGUUGGUGCGUCCUGGAUCUAUGCCAAGUGUAUUUGAGUAUUUGGACGUCGGUGACCUGAGAGCACAGAUGGGCCUUUAAUGUUCUUGUCUUUGGAGCACCUCACAGCCAAGUAUCCGUUUCCCUUCAGAACAGUGACUUCACUGUAGCAUUGCCUGAGAACAUGCUACCUGUGGUUUCAGAUGUGUGUGCCCGAGGCGGUCUCUAAUUCCUGGAAUUUCUUUUUAUUUUUUGGAGGAAGGGGGCACACCGGGUGAUGCUCAGGGGUUCCUCCUGGCUCUGCACUCAGGGAUCAACCCAGUCAGCUGUAUGCAAGGCAAGGGCCCCUCCUGGAGUUAAUUACUUAUAUCGUAGAUUGGAUUUUCUGAAGUAUAGGGCUCUGGGGAAUUCUUAGUGUGGUAGUAUUCCAAGUACUUGUUUUCGCUUCUUGGUCCACCCUGUUAGGAAGAGUGAGGUAGCAGGUAAUCUUCACAAGGAACUGAUGAGGCGCAGGUCAGGGUUUGAACAUUGUCCUCAAACACUGUUGAGAUCAUUGCAGCUUGGGAUUUUACUGCUCCUGUCUUGGAAUAUCACACUGGGCCCCACCAUUACGAUGACAAAAAUGGCUUUGUUUUAAAAAUCCUGGUUAUGGGGUUCUGCUUCUGAACUGCUGGCCUUGACUGGAAUUGUUCAGACCCAUCCCUUUGGUUUCUGAUAGCAAACACAAACAGAAGAAGGCUUGUCAUCAGAGGCUGGCUACAGGUUCCUCGGUCCCAAGGGCUUUUGGUGGGCUUUUUGGUGUUUGUUUGGUUUGGGGGCUACAGCUGGUAGUGCUCAGCGCUUACCCUGGCUCUGUUCUCAGAGAUUACUCCUGGUGGGUCGUGGGGACUAUAGUGAAUGCUGAGGAUCAAAUCUCUCUCUCGUGAAAGGCAAACGCCCUCCCUACUAAAGUCCUUUGCUCAGGAAGAUCUUGGGAAGUUGGGAAAGAUUUUAAAACUUGUUUCUGUUUAGGGACCACAUUUGGCAAUACUCAAGGGCUACUCCUGGUUCUGCACUCGGGAGUCACUCCUGGCGGUGCUUGGGGAACCGUAGGGCGUGUCGGAGAUCAAAACCGAGUCAGCUGCUGCGUGCAAAAGUAUUACCUCCCCAGCCCCAAGAUUUUAAAACUUCUGACCCAAAAUAUGCUAUUUUGGUACAAUACUGUUUUAUAGAUGAAGUGAGAAGUACUCGAUAUUCUGUAAUCUCGAUAUUCUGGGCAGGAGCCAUAGCACAGCAAGUAGGGCGUUUGCCUUGCACGCGGCCGACCUGGGUGACCUGGGUUUGAUUCCUCCAGCCCUCUCAGAGAGCCCAACAAGUGCAGGGCAAAGCCUGGCAAGCUACCUGUGAGGUAUUUGUUAUGUAAAGUACAGUAACAAGUCUCACAAUGGAGAUGUUACUGGGCAUUGAGUGAUGAACAACGGGAGGACAGUGCUACAGUGCUACUGUUUCAUAGAUGAGGUAACAAGUACUCCAUAUUCUGUAAUCUACUCAGCCUACUGACUACUUCUGUGUGAACCCUGUUUUAUUUCCAAGUACUAUGGAUUCAGGGAAAUGACUUGUAUCUUCUGGGGUGGUUUGCUCCUUUGUCUCCUUUUACUGCGGUAAUUGGAGUUUGGUCUCUUUCCUAUGAUGUAUUUUUUACAUAUUAUUCCCCACUCCUGGCUGGGCUUUGUGUCAGGAAUGUUGAGAAGGCAGGAGGAUGAUACCGGUCAUCACGGUUGGACAGCAGUGACCCAACAUGCGUGUGGGAAAGCCAAACCACGACACCCUUGUAAAAUUAAACCCUUAAUAAAAUCUGUAAUUAACA